AUGCAAAUAGACUCUACGAGAUUUAAAGGUACCAGGUAUGGAACGAAGUCGGAAAAGAAUGUUGAGGAACCGUUUGAGUAUCUUCGACAUCAUACAAAAGGAAAGAAUUUGAGGGGUCUAUUGAUCGAAGCAUUGAAUCUAAUCUAUAAAGUUCCCAAGGCGGAUCUGGACAAAGUGGUGAAGAUCAUCAACAUUUUGCACAUUUCAUCGCUAAUUAUCGAUGAUGUUGAAGACAGUUCAGUUAUGAGAAGAGGUAAGCCGUGUGCACAUCGUAUAUUUGGGAUUCCUCAAAGCAUCAACUGCUCCAACUAUAUGUACUUCAAAGCCAUGGAGUUAACUAGAGAGUUGGUAGGGGAGGAAGAUUUGAAGCUGCAAAAUGAUUGUAUAGGUAUUUUUAUUGACGAGAUGUUGAAUUUACAUCGUGGUCAAGGCAUGGAUCUCUAUUGGAGAGACAACUUCAUCUGUCCGUCAGAGGAUGACUAUGUGGACAUGGUAAUUAAUAAGACGGGUGGUUUGUUUCGAUUGGCUGCAAGGUUGAUGGGAUUAUGCGUGGGCAAAGAAGUCCCGGAAAUGAUCGAGUUUUGUAAUGUUUUAGGCAUUCUUUACCAAGUUAAAGAUGACUAUCUCAACUUACAGAGUGAAUCCUAUCAGAGUAAUAAAGGGUUCUGUGAAGACAUCACUGAGGGUAAGUUUUCCUUCCCUAUCAUUCAUGCAAUCUUGGUAUAUGGGAAAGAUUCAGGUGCAGAGUACCAGGAAUUGCUUAAUAUUUUGAAACAACGUACCAAGGAUCAAGAACUCAAGAAGCAUUGUCUUGAACUCAUCAAUCGUGCGGACGGUGGUGAGUAUUCAAGGCAAACGAUUGAUAAAUUGCUGAGAGUCGCUGAAGAAUUGAUUGUCAAUAUUACCAAGAAGUAUGACGAUAAUAAUAUGGUUGAUACCAAGUAUUUCCUAAGCACUUUGAGUAAGCUAGCAGGUAUAUAG